AUGUUGCCAUACGAGACGCUUGAAGAAGCAGAGGAAGCGAUAGGGAGAGGGCUGAGUUUUGCACAGAGGCUGUGGUUUAAAUACUCAGCCAACAAAUCGGAUUUCCUUCUUCACUGCCAUAACAUUGUGUUUCUGUGCUUCUUUUACUCUGUGGCUUCUCUUCCUUAUGUCUUCAUUGGCCUCUGCAACAGCAAGAGGAUUCAGAACUACAAGGUUCAGCAUAAGGUGAGCCAUACUUUCUGGGAAAUGUUUCGGUGUUACAAGAAUGUCAUGCACACUUUCAUCCUCGCCGUUGGUCCUCUUCAGAUCGUUUCUUUCCCCACCAUCAAGCUGCUGGGAAUACGGACGGACCUCUUAUUGCCCUCUGGACAGGAAUUAUUCUUGCAAUUAUCGGUUUAUUUUAUCAUAGAAGAUUUCGCAAAUUACUGGAUCCAUCGGAUCCUCCAUAGUCGAUGGGCCUACCAGAAGAUCCACAAGGUCCACCAUGAAUACAAAGCGCCAAUUGGGCUUGCAGCCCCAUAUGCCCAUUGGGCCGAGAUUUUGAUUUUGGGCUUUCCCUCCUUUCUCGGCCCAUCUUUGGUUCCCUGUCAUAUUACUACGUAUUGGUUCUGGUUCGUUUUGCGACAACUGGAAGCCAUUGAGACUCACAGCGGUUAUGACUUCCCAUGGAGUCCCACAAAAUACGUACCAUUUUAUGGAGGCGCUGCUUACCAUGACUACCAUCACUUCGUUGGUGAAAGUUGUCAGUGCAACUUUGCCUCCGUAUUCACCUAUUGUGAUCUGAUUUAUGGCUCCCACAAGGGGUACCAAUACAAGACGAAACUGCAAAAGGAGGCAUCUAUGAAUCAACAAAACCACUAA